AUAGCGUUCGGCGGGAACCAAGCGCUCUGCUGAUUGGCUGAACGCUUGGCCGGGCCAGGCUAUAUAUUCUCCUGCCCGAAGGCCAGGUUUCCUCAGAUGCUUCGAGGGUGCGGAGACGUCGACGGCUCACCUGAGCAGCUGAACAAACAUCUAAAGAUGGUGCCUGGUGGAAGAAAGCAUUCUGGGAAAUCUGGGAAGCCACCAUUGGUUGAUCAGCCUAAAAAAGCCUUUGACUUUGAGAAAGAAGAUAAAGAUCUGUCUGGUUCAGAAGAAGAUGUUGCUGAUGAAAAGACUCCAGUAAUUGAUAAACAUGGAAAGAAAAGAUCUGCAGGAAUGAUUGAAGAUGUGGGAGGUGAAGUACAGAAUAUGCUGGAAAAAUUUGGAGCUGACAUCAACAAAGCUCUUCUUGCCAAGAGGAAAAGAAUAGAAAUGUAUACCAAAGCUUCUUUCAAAGCCAGUAACCAGAAAAUUGAGCAAAUUUGGAAAACACAACAAGAGGAAAUACAGAAGCUUAACAAUGAAUAUUCUCAGCAAUUUAUGAGUGUGUUGCAGCAGUGGGAACUGGAUAUACAGAAAUUUGAGGAACAAGGAGAAAAACUAACUAAUCUUUUUCGACAACAACAAAAGAUUUUUCAGCAGUCUAGAAUUGUUCAGAGCCAGAGAAUGAAAGCACUCAAACAGCUACAUGAGCAGUUCAUAAAGAAUUUGGAAGAUGUGGAGAAGAAUAAUGAUAAUCUAUUUACUGGUACACAAAGUGAACUUAAAAAAGAAAUGGCUAUGUUGCAAAAAAAAGUUAUGAUGGAAACUCAGCAGCAAGAGAUGGCAAAUGUUCGAAAGUCUCUUCAAUCCAUGUUAUUCUGAUGAGUCUUUGAAGAAAGAACUUGAACCUAUGUAAUAUGAUACAAUUAAAACAUUAGCUAAGAGGCAUGCCUUUAGUAAUUAUAGUUUAAACUAUAACAUCUGAAAUCUUUAGCUUAAGUGGAAGAUUUUUGUUCCUGUUAACUUCUAAAUAAACCUAAACAAUUGUGUAAGUAG